GAAAAAUUCAGCUAGCUAUUUUAUCUUUACACCAAGAGAGUUUUCUCAGAACAUUCCGAAGAAUCUAGUUAUUAGCUCUAGAUAUCGGAAAGGAAAUAUUUAAAAGCUGGUGCCGACAAUACUGUAACAGAAUAUGCCGACUGUAAAUAAAGGACUAUAUAAAUGGCUUAUUGGCAGAGGAAGCACACUAGAAGAUUUUGCAGACCGACUGAACCAUUUCUGGACCUUUGGUCUUCUGCUCCUCUUUGCAAGCAUAAUCAGCUUGAAGCAGGGUUAUAACAAAGCGAUAAACUGCUGGGUACCAGCUGUAUUUACAGACAGCUGGUGGAACUAUGCGGAGGCAACAUGCUGGAAUAGUUACUUUAUUCACUACCCACGUGACCAAGAAAAAGCCGAAGAGGAAAUAAUGGAGAUGUUCAACAUCACGUUCCCUGGAUACAUUGCUGGUCAAAACCUAAAACCAUGGGUAGAAUCAGACCCAAUCGAAAUGAGUGACAGUCUGCGAACUAAAAUGUCAACAACGAGAACAUUCUACCAGUGGCUACCCAUAAUCCUUUGUUUCCAAGCUCUACUGUUCAAGCUGCCCAAUCUUCUUAUGUACAUUCUUCACGGUUAUUCUGGUGUAAGCUUUGAAAAGAUAUCUGGUUUAACCAGUGGAUAUAAGAAUAUGAGUCUUCAAGAACGCGACAUUCUUUGCAGACAGAUUGAACGAUACUUGUUCAACUGGUGUAGUCAAUUCGUAAACUGGUUGCCAUGGAGACUGCUUUCGUUGCUCGUGCUGAUUGUUAAGAUUCUGUAUUGUGUGAACGUGGUAGCACAAAUGUGUCUUAUAGACAACUUCUUGAAAACAAGUGAUCCUCCAAUCGACAAUUCUACUUCAUAUGGCGAUGUUAUUAUGGGAAAUCUUUUUGAAAACAAUGCUACCCUCUGGAAACACUCACCUAACUUUCCACGAGAAAUUCUGUGUGUUUUUGAAAUACGACAGUUUGCGAAUAUUCAUCAUCACACCGUUCAAUGUAAUCUUACAGCCAACUUCUUCAAUGAGUAUGUUUACAUGUUCCUAUGGGUUUGGCUUCUAUUUGUUGCCAUAGUAACCUGCCUGAGUCUCGUCUUAUGGUUGAUUAAAACCAUCAUACCAGUUUUUCGUAAGCGAUACAUCCAGAAGGCAAUCGCUCUUGCAGACGACAUUGAUGCCAAAGCCAUACCCCAGUAUAACCUUGAUAGAUUGUGUGACGUCAUAGGUGAAGAUGGUGUAAUGACCUUGAAGCUCAUUGGUGCUAACUCAUCUGAACUUCUGGUCAGCAAUAUAAUCAGCAUCAUGUGGAAGUUAAUAAUAGAUGACCUAAACAGUCAAAGAUCAGGUCAAGUACUAUCAGUACCAGAAGUUCUUGUACAACCAAGUGCUCCUGUUGUUCCUGGAACUUAGUUCUUAGUUCCACCAAAAUAUCGGACGAAAAACAUAUGAAUAGUGAUACUUUAUUCAAGUAAUUUUCGUGUGAAUGACCCCCUGUUUACAUCGUUGGCAUGGCGGGAGAAAUUCAUUUGAUAAAACUUUUUUUCAAUACACACAAAAUGUAGCAAAUUUUGUCAAAAUGUAUAAUGAAAUACUAUAAAUGCAGUAAAAAUAUUCCA